GCAGUGACUAUUGUAUAUAAAUCUCUGCCCAUAUCUGUAUUUAUCACCUUAGGAUAUACAAAUAGAAAUGAAAUUACUGGGACGAGUUUAUAUGCUUUUAUUUUUACCACAUUAAAAAUGAAUGAAGACCUUUCCGACAGUGAUGACCUCCCCACGAGAACAUGCCUCUUGCAAAGGAUCUCCUUCAUCCCUCUCCAGAAGAGAAGAGCAAACACAAGAAGAAGCGCCUGGUGCAGAGCCCCAAUUCCUAUUUCAUGGAUAUGAAAUGCCCAAGAUGCUAUAAAAUCACCACCGUCUUUAGCCAUGCACAAACAGUAGUUUUGUGUGUUGGCUGCUCUACUGUCCUCUGCCAGCCUACAGGAGGAAAAGCAAGGCUUACAGAAGGAUGCUCCUUCAGACGGAAGCAGCACUAAAAGCCCCUGGAAUCAAGAUGAAUGGGAAACCACCCCAAUAAACACAUUUUGGAUUAAAAAA